ACAUAUAUAGCAAUACUGAUCCCUUUCACUUUAUUCACAUUCUUUUUGAAGUCACAUUGUUGAAGACAGGCAGGGCUUUUUUCUUAGACAAUGGAGAGUGAAGAAGGUAGUUAUGAAGAUAUUCCCUGUCCUAGCGAAAACAGUAAACCAAUGGAAGGGGUAUUCCAUAGCCAUUUAGAGGAGAGGGUUCGUCCAUAUAUUGAUCUGAUUGACUCUCUAAGGCUAAUUGGUAUUGAGGACGACUUGGCUCUGCCGACUAUAGCAGUGAUUGGAGACCAAAGCUCUGGAAAAAGCUCAGUGUUAGAAGCACUGUCUGGUGUGGCAUUACCCAGGGGGAGUGGUAUUGUUACCAGAUGUCCCCUGGAGCUGAAGCUGAGAAAGAUUAGGUGUGGGAUUAACUGGAGAGCUGUUAUAUCUUACAAUGAUGAUUACAUUGAGUUUGAUGACCCUUCUAUGGUGGAGGAUCAUGUUGAGAGAGCCCAGAAUAUACUGGCAGGAGAUGGAGUAGGGAUAUGUGAUGAUCUCAUCACUCUGGAGAUCAUGGCCCCUGAUGUGUGUGACCUCACACUGAUUGAUCUACCUGGGAUUGCUAGAGUUCCUGUAAAAGGUCAACCUGAAGACAUUGGAUAUCAAAUUAAAAAUCUCAUACGAAAAUAUAUUGAGAAGGACGAAACUAUCAAUUUGGUCGUAGUUCCAUGUAAUGUUGAUAUUGCAACAACAGAAGCACUAAAAAUGGCACAAGAAGUGGAUCCUGAAGGGAAAAGAACUCUGGCUAUUCUCACCAAACCAGACCUUAUUGACAGAGGAACAGAAAAAAAUGUUCUGGAUAUAGUCAGAAAUCAGGUGAUUCCUUUGAGCAAAGGAUAUGUCAUUGUUAAAUGCCGUGGCCAAAAACAAAUUAAUGACAGAAUUUCUCUGGCUGAUGCUACUCGUGUGGAGAGAGAUUUCUUCAAACGUCAUGAAUUUUUCAGUUGCCUGUUGUAUGAGGAGAAAGCAACUAUUCAGUGCCUUGCCACCAAACUGACUCAAGAUCUGGUUGAUCACAUUAAAAAAUCACUGCCUCUGCUCUCAGAGCAGAUAAAGAAGCAGCUGUGGGAUUUGAGGAAAGAGCUCAGCCAGUGUGAGGCUGGCCCACCGCUGGACUUGCAGAAGAGAAAGGCCUUCUUCAUUGACACUUUGACACGAUUUAAUGACAAGGUCAACCGCUUGGCGUCUGGGGAAGUGAUCAACGAGUACAACUUGUUUAUUCUGCUUCGGACAGAGUUCAAAAAGUGGAAAGACCAUCUUGAUAGCACCAAGUUAUCAUACCAUAAAACGGUUCAAGAUGUGGUGAAUGAAUAUGACCUGAAACACAGAGGUAGGGAGUUGCCCGGCUUCAGUGACUAUCAUGUGUUUGAAAUGGUGGUGCAGAGACUUGUUAUUGAGCUGAAGGGACCAGCCAUUGACACACUCAGGGUCAUAAGAGAUACCAUUCAGACACAAUUCACUGAAGUGUGUAAAACCUGCUUCCUCAACUAUCCCUUUCUCCAGUGUGUUGCCAUGAACAAGAUAGACAACAUUCAGUCAAAGCAAGAAGCAAAGGUAGAGCAAAGGAUUUGGGAGCAGUUUGAAAUGGAGCAACUGGUUUACACUCAAGACGGCAUCUACUUCAAAACCCUCAAUGACAUGCAUCCUGGAGAACCACAGAGAGUUUCUGAAGAUAGUCAUGCUGAGCUUGACAGCAGGAACAAGUAUCCCGAAAUGUUGCGGGCUUAUUACGAGAUUGUAGUGCAGCGUCUGGCCGACCAGGUACCCAUGCUAAUCCGAUACUUCAUGCUGAAGGAGUCGGCUCAGCUUCUGUGCAGUGAAAUGCUGGGCUUAAUGGAUGGUGCCAAUGUAGUGGAAGUACUGCGAGAGGAGUCAGACAUCAGCAGACACCGCAUUGACAUGCAAAACCGUGCAGACCGUCUCACCAUUGCUCAAGAGAAACUCAGUAACUUUGUUUGAAGAGAACUUGAGAUCUAGGAGACCACCAACAUUAAACUGUUCUUUAAAUUAAACCUGAAAUCAAAAUGUACUUUUUUUGGUUAACCCUCACCCUUUAUUAUAUUAAGCACAAUUCAUAGCUACCCAACAUGCAAGUUAUGGGCCUGAGGGUUCAAAUAUUUUACAUUUUGAAUUCUGGAGAACAUUAGAUUAUACUUGAGGCAUUUCACCUUUGGUGAAACACCAUUGACAGAAACAGCAAUUGCCUCAAAUAAAAACAUUUUAUGAUUUA